AUGUCGUCUUUUUUACCUGUCAAUAAUAUGUCCUCGCCCCAGGACCGUGUCAUGGAGGAUGCGACAACACCGACCACGCCUCGCCCAAAUUCACAUACUCUUUCCGCGCAAGAGAGCACGGAUGAUACCGAUUCUCGAUUAGGAAAUUCCAAUAACGGGGACUGUGCUCGAUCCCAAGGAAGCGCACCGCCCAUGCCCGACGACUCUGCGCCCGGUGAUUCAGAUGGCGAGCGCGACGGCUCGGACCACGAGACAGACCCCGGGAGCACCGCUCCUCCAUCCAAGAAGAAAAAGGGCCAACGGUUCUACUGUACAGACUUUCCUCCUUGCAAUCUGAGCUUCACCCGGAGUGAGCAUCUGGCCCGCCACAUCCGAAAACAUACUGGGGAGCGCCCGUUCCAAUGCCACUGCUCGAGGCGAUUCUCCCGACUCGAUAACCUGCGACAACAUGCUCAGACCGUUCAUGUCAACGAGGAGAUUCCCGGGGAUUCCCUGGCCGCGACGGGGACUCGUUUUCAGCGGCAGAUCCGGACUGACCGGGUUCGUCCUCCGGGUCGAGCGAGAGCGGGUACAGCUGGUAGCCAAGGAGCUCACAGCAGAGGUCACAGCAGAAACCUAUCCGCUUCUAGUAUCACUUCAACUGCAUCGACUUUCAGCCAACCCCCGGAGAUCCGUCGUCGACCUCCGCCGUUGAUCAUGGCCAACGACGGCAGUGCAAGAGCUCGUUUGGCUUUGGACACCAUGGCCGAUCCCCCGAGAACGCCUCCGGGCCGUGGUAUCGGCCCAUCUGCUGGAUCCCCGUAUACCCCGUCUAACAUGUUUGGUGGUGGAAGCCCUCAUGUCGGGUCGCCCAUGUCCACUGCCUCUCACGCUUCGGGAUUCUGGGAUGGCAAAACCGCCGCUCGUCGGUUGUCAGUUCCCACUGGGACCAAUCCAUUUAUUCCGCAACACGCCCACGCUUAUCCCCCUGGUUAUGUUGGUCCGGCCGCUACAACCGCAUAUCCCAGCGCGGGUGGGGUGUUUGCAAGCCCCGUCAGCUCCAACUAUUCCGUGUCCCGAGAUGAGGCUAGCCAAGGUGCUGAAGCGGAUCUGCGGAGAAGAACUUGGCACCCAACAACCUACUACCCGAGGCCCGCAACCAGUGGCUUAAACAAUUAUCAAACUCCUGACGGAUACCAGUCGUCACUUGGCUCGAGUGGAUCGGCGGAGCAGCCGCCACGAUUACCGGGCAUUGAGAGUUUCGACAAGGUCGUAUCGCAACAGCGACCUUUGACUCCUCCGGUGCGAAAGCCGAGUCCGAUGCAAGUGGAUACUCACAGUCGACCACCACCCGGUUACGCUUUUGGGGGAGGAUUCAACUACAACGCGCCGGCAGCUCGUCCUCCGCCUCCGGUGUCUGGCCCUGGCCAUCGACGUGGCCAUGUGUCAUGGGACAUGUCGCUGCAUACAAAUCUGACUGGAUUGAAUAUCCGGGACAAGCCUCAAAGAGACGCAUCGCAUUGGGGGCAGCAGACGAUCGCAGAGAUUCAAAAUGUCGCUUCUCGGCCUUCCUCCUCGUAUCAGGCUACUGUACCUCAUCCUCACGAGAAGGUCCACCGGUGGUCUCAUGCGACGCGAACAUCUCCCGAAGAUUCCAGCAGCAGUGAAGGUGUCAAUACACCUUCGACAGCAUCGCUCGAAUACCAUCCAGCUAUAGUGCACAAUAAUGGAUACAUCGAGCCACAUCAUCCCCCACUGACCUCCGAUUCGUCCCAAACUGUUUGCGCUCCCGUGCCCUCCCCGUCCGAAAACUACCAUGUCAAACAUGAACCACGAUCGGAAUUCUACUCCAAUUCAUCUAGAGAGCCUGGAAUGGGCAGGCUCGAAGCUCUUGUAGCGGUUGCUACGAGCGAAAACAAAAGCGCCAAGGUGUUCGUAUGA